AUGACUUCAUCGAAACCCCAUUGCUUCUUGCAGCAAGUCUUACGUCGCUGUCGACGCAAGACGGCUCGUUUGUGCCUACCUAUCAUCACCUGGAAGUGGUAUUCCUUGUUUUGCGGCAUCCAAAUUCCAAUCCUCCAACUACGCCGCAUCUUUGUGGUGGGACAGGUGGACUUGGCCCGUCAGAUUCUACAAGAUCCUUCUUCCGACAAGCCCCGUGAAAUCUUUCAGUCCUUUGAAGGGAUUAUACCCAAACUCCCACCAUGUUUACCUCGCAAACUCCCACCCUACACCAAGAGCGUACGCAAGGCGGCCCACAAGGCAUUUGCCAUGAAAGGUAAAGAGGAGGAUGACAAGAGUCGUCGGAUUCUUAAAAAAUACAUUCGACUGUGGCUACAUGGUCGUCUGGCAUCUAGUGCGCCUGUGGUUGUUAUUGACCCAGUCCAGGAGGUAUUGGCUGUGACCUUUUAUGUCAUUCUGGAAAUUGCCUUUGGCUACGACUACACGGAUGCCACAAAGAAUAGUAUGAUUAAUAUUGACAAUAACGAUGCUUCGAAGCUAUCGAAGAUAGCCAACUGGCGCCUUCUUUUCAGGUUCUACUGCUUGGUGUUUCUUGGAGUGACUCUGGUGGGUUGUGGUGUGAAGCUGGUCCUUUUGAGUUGCGCGCGAAGCGUGCGACUCAAAGGACCAGUCUCAGAUUUCCCAGACUUUUUGAACUUUACGCAUGAUUUGGAUACCGCCUUGAGAGAAUAUGCCUACAAGCAGAGUACCAAUCCCUUUAGGAAAUUGCUAGGACCCCUUCUUCCGGACUUUUGGAGAGCUCGCACAUCAUUGCACAAACUGCGACAAUUUGCCCAGCAAAUUUUCAAUCAUCAUGCAACUAACAAUCACAGCAACAAGAGCAACAAGGCUGCGGACGACACCUUUCUGUCGCUACUCCUAAGACACAUUGACACUAGCAUUGAUGAUGAAGGUGUACAACAGCAACAUGUCAUGAGCAAAAUCAUCAUGUUCAUGGCCGCCGGUCAUGAGACGACUGGGGCCAUGAUCUCCAAUAUUAUGGUUUUGCUCGCUACUCACUCUCGGGUACAGACCAAGUUGCGGACUUUGUUGCAACAACAACAACAACAACAACAACAACAACAGAAUGAGUCGUCAUCGUGGCUAGACGCAGUCCUCUACUUUUCCCACAUUUGCAAGGAAGCCAAUUGA